GGCAAAAUCGGUCGACCAAACGGCUGAUCUCCAUGGCAGGGAGUUACCCUUUCACUCCAAAGAUCCCAUGAUUAUGGGCAUGCACGUGAUCACGGCAUUCCAUUACCGCUGUGAGAGAGGGCAAGCUCAGUCUGUGCUGAUAUGUGGCUCAUGGUCGGAUUGGAAAGAGGAAACACACAUGGCACUACAGCCACACUGUGAUGACGACUCCGGGGCUUACCCUGUCCCUGAUGAUAUGCGGCUUUUGACAGGACUGGAAUAA